AUGUACGCCUACAGAAAAGGUUCCCAGCUCGUCGAAAUCCAAGACUAUGACGAGAGGCGAAGGAUCCAAAACCUCUUAGCCCAGCGCAGGUGGCGUCAAAAAGCUCGCCAGAGGGGAAGAAGCAACUCGCAACAGAGUCAGAGCCAGAGUCCCGAGCCCAAGUCGGAGUCGUCGCCCAGUCCUCCCUAUAUGGGGUCACAACAGCAGCCCCGGUCUACCCCCGAAGCUGGGGUGAUCUAUACUACCCAGCCCGAUUCACAUUCUCCUUGGAUGUCGCCAUCUCCUCAGACCCCUUACAUGGACCCCAACAGUCUUCCACAUUUGCCCCUGAUGGUCGAUCCGAGUCGCUCGCCUCCUGGGUUACCAGUGCAAGAACCACUCUAUGGACACCCGACGACACCCGAAUCCACAGUGGGGUAUGCAUAUAUCCCGGCCACCUCCACCAGUUAUCCGCAGACAAGUAUGGCUGCAGAUACCACCCAAGCUGCCCCGUAUACGAUGGCACAUUACGACCCUCAACUCGCCAUCCCAGUCCCAGGCCCUGGCGUUCCCACCCCGGAAAAUAUGGAUUCAGAUGUGAAACGAAAGAUCCUCGAGUCGCUGGAGGCAGCAGAGGGACUUUUCGAUUGCGGAGUGAUGCUGAACGUGUUCCCCGCGGACGACACCUUCCAGCGGCUUGUCGCCGAGGCUAAGUCGCGAUUUCUUUCACUUUCGGCCACGAUCCCCCAACCCCCCCGGCCCAAAACCCCCGCGCAGAUCUCGCCGUCCGGCUACUCGCUGGUCGAGUACCUGAUAUCCACUCACGUCUAUCGGGAACUCGCCAGCACCUGGGGUGUCAGCCCGGCCAUCUGUCCCGGCCCCACGCAUCUCACCCAUGGUUUAUCACGAGCGUCUCCCGUACUGGAUGCCAUCUUCCGGGCCAGCGUCGCUUUUCACUGCAUUGACCUCAACAUCUGGUCCACCCAGGAUCAAAGGCGAAAUCUCCAGGUUGCGGCGCUGACCUACCGCGGAGAGGCUAUUGCCUCAGCACGAAAGGAACUCCUGGACUGGAUCCAGUGCGGUCCAGCAGACCAUGAGGGUUCCGGUCACGUGUUAACCCGCGAGGACAGUGCAGCAGACUGGGAAGCCAGCUUCAGCAUUGUCCUGCGACUUCUGCAGCUGGACUACCGUUUUGCCCGCAGUAGCGUGAACUCCCACUUUGCGGCCUGUCGUCGACUCCUCCGGGGCUCGUUGGGCGAUCUUCGGGCUGAUCGUAGAUCCAUUGGCACGCUUGCUGCGACCAUUCGGAAUCCCAGCCUGCAUCACAUCAUGAUCGCGUUUGAGUUCGCUCAGUCCACGGCCGAAAGCCUCGUCUGGAGCGAUCGUGACCUUGAUUUUCUCCAGCCGUGUCUGCAGGGAUUUGUUCAUCGGGUAUCUCAACUGACCGCGGCCAGUGUUCAUUUUGACCCGCAAUCGUCUCCCCGGCUCCCGCCGUCGACCAUCUUGUGGCGAUGCCUGGCCAAGGAACCGGGAACCGUCGCCUCGAACAUAUAUGGCGAUGUAUCCGAGGCCAGUGUCCAGUUGGGGAGUAUUAUGGUCCUCUGCUCGGUCUUUCUGGACUACGAGGGGAGCUGUGACAACCCGCCCUCUAUCCCACAACAGUGUGUCGACGAGCUCGAAAACGCGCUGUUCUCUCUAGGAGAAAGCGAAGCGGUGUCCAGCGCCCUCAACGUCUCAUGGCUGUUAGGCGGAGGCUUGGGACUACCCAUCCAUCGCCGGCGCGAGCGACUCUGGUUAGUUUCAGGGUUUGUAUACGCUCUGAAAAGACGUGGGUGUUUUAGUGACUCAACCUCAGAGAUCGACUUGAACGCCGACUCUGUAAAGGAAAUUUGCUUGGAUUUCCUAAGCAAUAGGACGGAGACAGGGUGA